AUGUCUCCGAUAAAGAACUUAAAUGUGACUUUUGAAACAAUCAGUGACAACAGCAGUUAUUCCGAAGGCGAUAUUAUAGUGGGUACAGUCAGUUUCAGACUGACAAAAGAAGCCAAAGUCAAGAGCGUUUAUGUAAAAGCCAAAGGGGACGCUAACGUAGAAUGGACAGAAGUAGGUGUACCUGUCGAGAGACUGCAAAGUGCGCACAGGAGAUAUUUCAAAGUGAAGGAAUACUUGGUUGCAGAAAACGAUGAAGGGACUGUUCUUCCAAAAAGAGUGCACAUCUUUAAGUUCAGGCUCAAAAUCCCAGAGGGAAGGAUGCCUUCGUCCUUCAAGGGAAAACAUGGAAAUAUUGUCUACACCUUUGAAGCCAAGGUAUCUAGGAGCUGGCGACUGCCUUCGAAAGUGCUAAAAGAGAUCAACUUUGUGUCAAAGUCCUGUCCACACACUCCUCAAAUGAUGUGUCCACAGUCCAGUUCAGUGCGUAAAAAGAUGAAUGGUAUCUCCAAGGGACAGGUCCAGAUCUGUGCUACCAUUAACAGAGGAGUUUGUUCUCCAGGUGAAACCUUGUCUGUUGUCGCCAAAAUCUGCAACUCCUCUUCCAGGAACACAAGGCUCAAAUUCAAACUUCAGCAGGUAACGGUGUACAGUUGCCAGGACAACACUAAUAGCAGCAAGGAAACGCUGUUCAAAAUGGUCGGAGAGACUAUCCGUCCAAACUCAGAGCAAACUGCCUCCUGCCAGCUGAAAGUUCCCAGUGAUGCCAUUCCCACCCUCCAUAACUGUGAAAUCAUCUCAGUUGAAUAUUACAUAAAGGUGUAUCUGGACGUUAGUUUUGCUCUUGACCCAGAGGUGGUGUUUCCACUGGUCAUCCUUCCUCCUAAAUUUGCUCCAGCUCAGAGUCGUGAGGCUGUGGGGCCUGAGACAGUUGACUCUCCAGCUUAUAGCGAGUUCACAUCCUCUACUUUCACCACUGGAUUGGAUCCUAUACUCACAGGGUUACAGAAGGAACUGAAGGAGGUAGAGUGUCACUGGGCAAAUGCAGCCCACGCUCACCUUUACAGGAAUGGCGUUGGCACCAAGAGAGCCAGGCUGUCAGCAACUACCACACUGGAGAAUGUCUGA